AUCUCGCAAAAACGAAGGUGGAAAAAGAACCCAGUUGGUAGAUAGCAGGUUAGCUCCAUGGGCUUUCGCAGCCCGGUCCGCUACAACAUUUGACUCCCUUUUGCAAUGGGAAACCCUAAGAUUAGGGCAUCGAAGGAGAAGGUCUGCAUUUUCGUCGAAGAGGCAACAAAGCUCCCAUGGCGUCAGAGUCGGAUUACGGAUGGCAUUCACCAGUGUUAAGCAGUCCGAUUCUAGGUCUAUUCGAUCCAUCUCCAAUCCUUUAUGUAUCACGAAUUUCAGUGUGAGAUUCAACGCUAUCACCUCUGUUUGCAGGGCCGAAGAUGUAGAGACAGAUUUCGCAAAUCCAUCGAUUAAUAGGCCUGAAGAAUUUCUGCACACACAAGCAACGAAAGCUUCGAUGUCAAGAGAUGCGAGGGCCUCUUGCACCACAAAUUCGGCAUUUGGUAGCUGCUGGCGAAAGAUGAAAGUAUUCCUAGCUUUCCAAAUGUGCCAUAGGAGAGCGGAAAUUAAUUCCAGAUCCGGUCAUUCAGUACUGCCUUAUCAGAGUGGCUUGUAGGCUGAUUUGUCAGGAGUUGAAGCUGAUUCUUGAGAGUGUUAAUCUAAAGUCUGGCAUUGGUGAAUUUAGAUCGGUUCCACUGACAGAGAGCGUCGGAGACAGCACGUAGCUUUUGGGGAAAAGUCACUACUCCAAGUUGAUGAGUAUUCCAAGAAGCUUCAAUAGUUGAUCGACACUCUGCAUCUUGUAACCAGUAGGCUUCAAAAUAGAAGGAUUGGUGCCAUUUAGGUCGAUGUGUUGCUACUGUGUU